AUGAGUAAUAAUCAAGACGAAAGCGACGAAGAGAGCUCUAGAAAGCGCCUUACAGUUCCUAGUGGCUUUAGAAACCUACUCGAAAAUCUUACCUUGGAAAUUUUGCGGUCGAACCCAAGUGACAUUUACAAAUUUGCGGCUGAGUAUUUUAAAUCAAGGUUGCAGGAAAGACAAGGUAGGCGUAUUGUACAAUACUGUUGUUAUAUCUGUAAUCGUAGUUGUAGGUUAAGAAUGAAGAGUCGGUCGUUCGAGGUACAAGAGAAGCGCUUGGAUUUUCGCGAGGUCUUUAUCAAUAACACAGUUACUCAAACAUGCGUCCCUCGGCGCUGUUCACACUUCCAAAAACAACAUUCGAUCUCAUUUUGUUUCCUUCUAAGUUUUAGUGCCACGUGUAUCGAAACAAGAUUUCGUAUUUGCCCCCUAUCCUUUUGAAAAUCAAUAGCACAGUUUCUCAAAAGCUUUCAAACAUGGAAAGUCCUAUCAGUUUUUACAUCAGUUGUUCACUCAGCUGCUCCGUUGACUAUUUUUAAAGGACUAUCCAGGGUGAUCGGUUUUGUUUAUGUUUUCUUGCGAGUUACAAAAUAUUUUGAAGCAAAAAGUGGCAUUUGAUCACCUUGUCAAUCCUUGUAAUUUUGAACGUUAACUACAGCUUCAGUCUUGUUGAUAUGAAAUUGUCAAGACAGUACAGGAGCAAUCGACACGUCGAAUGAUAAUGAAUGAGUCGCCCCUACUGGGCCAAUUUCCAUGUCAGGGUAAUUUUCGGUUCAUUAAGAAAAUCAAACGAGUUUCUCUAAAUNCUAUCCAGGGUGAUCGGUUUUGUUUAUGUUUUCUUGCGAGUUACAAAAUAUUUUGAAGCAAAAAGUGGCAUUUGAUCACCUUGUCAAUCCUUGUAAUUUUGAACGUUAACUACAGCUUCAGUCUUGUUGAUAUGAAAUUGUCAAGACAGUACAGGAGCAAUCGACACGUCGAAUGAUAAUGAAUGAGUCGCCCCUACUGGGCCAAUUUCCAUGUCAGGGUAAUUUUCGGUUCAUUAAGAAAAUCAAACGAGUUUCUCUAAAUUGAAAAUUAUACAUUAUAUUUUAAACUUCGUCAUGAAUGAAGUCAAUAAGAACUUGCCGAAGUUCUUGCGAAGUGUGACUGCCUAUUUAUUUUGAGUCCUUAAGAGAAACACUGUGGUCCAUUGUGACUGACGAAAGUGUGGUUUUUCAGCUGUCCCCGAAAAUGUUUACAUCUCUUAGUCAGUGUUUUGCAAAGUAAAUUGGACUUUCGAUGUACGUUAGGGUUAAAUAAAUGCAGAUUUGUGUUAUAAAAUACUUUUUUUUUUCACUUUCGAAUUUCCUUUGAAUCGUCAGCACAAAUUAUGGUUUUUCUCCCAUGAACUCAAACGAUUAUCAUGAUCAUAACUACUGUACUUUUUGUAGGUUUACAUUACUUUAAUUCCAUACCGACUGGGUUUUAGAAGAAGGAAACAGCUAAGCCCACGUUGAUAUAAUAAGAAAGAAGCCUAUAAAAAUAAUAAUAAAAAAAAACUGGUAUAACUUAAAACCGGAAAAAAAAAGAAAGAAAAAUUGGUAAUCCGCAAAAAUUAACUUUACGGUCAAAUUUAAUUUAUAUCCGUUUCAAGUAAAAACGUUUUGACUGUAGAUAUUGACAGUAUUGACUGUGGGAAAAAGGGACCCUGCAAAAGACAGGGAUCAAAUCCGGGGAUCAAAUUUAUUAAUUGACCAUAUAUUAAAGAGAGCGAGAUCUGAGGAAAUUGUAUUUUUUUUUAUGUUGUUUCGCCUUAUUUCGGCUUAGAUAAAUACUACAAAUCUGAAUGCAAUUUAGUUAAGAAUCGCAACUUUUAACUUAUUUCCAAGACGGAAAACCAGUUACAGCAACUAAUUAGUUCAAGCAAAAUGCCGGUAAUUUCCGUAAUUGUCAAUCCUAAUAUGUAACUCGAUUUUUGAAGGGUAGGUUAACCACGUUUUCACUACCCUGCGAGCAGAGUCUCCUUCCAUCUUAUCUAGGAAGAUCGACGGAGACUGUGCUCGCAGGGUACGUUUUCACCAAGGAUUAUAGUCAAAAUGCGAUCAAAGAGGUUUACUCUCAUUGCAGUGAAACUACUGUUUUAAUGUUGAAGACAAGAAGAUGGUUUAGAUUUUGAAAUAUUUGUUUUAACCAAGCAGGAAAAUACCAUUUGAAACGAAAGGGAAAAAUUAUUUUAACCUUUCAUUUUGCAACUGCUGAUAACGGUAUAUUUUUGGCUAUCUAACGAGGUAUCGGAGAUUGAGUGGUUGCUGAAUAUUGUUUAAAUAGAUGUUUUACACCUGCAAUGUUCCUAUGAUUUACUGAAAUGCAAAUUUUUUUUAAACCAUAAAGUCACUUAUCAGUUAUUCACCAUUUGCACAUCUCCCAAAACAUACCUUAUUUGCACCCCAAAAUUUUGCAUAAGCAUUGUUUUACAUUUCUCUCUGGACCACUGUAAUACCCUAUCGAUAUAUCCAAAAGAGUAUCGAAUAGAAUUUCUGAGAAUUUUUCUCUUAAACUAUGGGUUUAGAAGCAUCUCUCCAGUCAGAAAGAAUUAGCUUCGAUACUUUUGCUCCAGUUCUUGAAAAUAAGCAUUUGAAAAUUUCCAACCUACAUCGAAAUUCGCAGCGAUUUAAUUGGUAAAGGGCCAAAUGGGAGGUUUUUUGUGCCCGACAAGCUCCAAAAUUACACUAUCAACAGAAAAAAAAUGGAGAAAAAGAACUAAGAGAGAGGAGAAAGGGAAAAUAGCAACGUAUGAUUGCAGCUUAAAUUAGCUGUACUUUGGAAACGAGAGGGAACCUUUCGAAAAGACGUCUGGGACUAUUUCUAAGGACAGGGGAAAAAAUUGGCCAAUAGCUGACCGACGCGUCCCCAGUAGCGAUCCCAGAAAUAAUAGCGGGACGCAUCUCGGCUCCAGUCCCGUUCUCGUAUCUAAAGUGGCGAUUUCCCCGAAGAAGUCAGGAUGUGCCCGACGAAAUAUUGGAAAGAAAAAGCUUAAGCUCAUUGCUGUACAACCAGUCUUGCUUUUUUACUGUUUGUUUACAACAAUGAAAAUUUGCUGAUUAGAUCCAGCAGGAUCCGCACCUUUGUUUUGUACGUUGACCCUCGCUACUUGUGACAAUAAAAAUAUCACCACCGCAUGCAAUCUUAUCCUGCUUGCUGUUCAGGUUACGUCUUCACGGAAACUGUCUCAGUGUUGUCUUUAAAAAAUAACUAAAAUAACGAAAGAAGUAUCCGAACAAUUCUACCAUUUUUAACUAAGUGGUGGGUCUGCCCUAUUGAUCUUUUUUUGACACUCGAUUCAGAAUGGUUCUUAAUCCCCAUAAAAAGGAGGGAAAAAACCGCGAAAAUUGAAGACUUGAUGGUCGUUCCGCAGCAGAUGGAAACUCUCUCUGACCACCACUCAUUUCGUCUAUAAACAACGUUUAGCUUUUAACUCCAUGAAAGUGCUUUGUUUAAACUUUUCUUUUUAAACAUUUUUAACGCAGAACGAGGAUUUGAUGAUUGCCUUUUGGGGUCACAAAUAGAUGGAUAUUAUCGCUACGAACCGUUUGGAAGCAAGCAAGAGAGUCUUGAUAAAGCGGCCACGAAAAUUCAAUCUACUUUCCGUGGCCACAGGGCAAGGCAAGAGAUUCGAAAGGGCAACGCCGCAUCUGGAGAAAACGACGCAGAAAAAACCCAGAGAGUGGUCGAUGGUUUUGGCGGGAAACAAUACGGCAGUGAGGAACACGCGGCUGCCGUUCAGAUACAAGCUGGUUGCCGUGGUUACAUUACUCGUAAAGAGCUGAAGAUGCGAGACGAGGCCGCGAUCAAAAUUCAAGCUGGUUAUCGAGGUUACGCGGUCCGGAAAGGGUUGAAACAGAGCUCUAAAAGGUCAAACUUGGAUAGAAUCGACGAAGAAGUUCCAAAGGCUAAUGAGGGCAAUGAGGAGUUAGAGAGAAAUGAAGAGGUGGAAGCCGCGGCCAUUAAAAUUCAGUCCGCAUUCAGGGGGCAUCGAACAAGGGAAGCGGUGCUGAGUAAAAAAGAAAAGGAAGAGUCUGAAGAAAAGGCCCCUGACGCAAAAGAUGGAGACAACAGAGCGACAGAAAGGGAGCGCGAUCUGGCUGCUAUUAAAAUCCAGUCAAGCUAUCGUGGUUACCACACUAGAAAACAGAUACAAGAAAGGGAGGAAGCAGCCACGAAAAUUCAAGCUUAUUACAAAGGUUACAGGGUCCGAGGGUUUCGUCGUGCGCAGUCGGAAGCUGCCGUCAAGAUACAAAGUUACUACCGAGGAUAUAAGACAAGAGAACAGUUUAAAAAGAGUUAUUCCUCGAAAAACUUCCUGGCCGUUUCAAACGACGAUGAAUUUGCCCUUCACAGGGACAGUCGAACAUCGUUCAGUCUUCCCGAAGGCGUGAAAUUUGAGGGAACCCUUGACGAGGACAGCGACUCGGAGAUCGAUAAGAUGGUGGAUCAGUUGGAAGAAAAGAAGAAAUUGAAAGCAAUCGAAGAAGCUUCGUGUCCCGAUGCUGCAACGGAAGACAAGGGCGGUGAAAAUAAACCAACUGCUGAUUCAUAA